AUGGCGAAUGGGCGUGGCAGUUUCUUGGGGGAUGUUUCGCGACCGCCAUUGCUACCGUUACCUUCGUUUCGCGCGCUAGCCCGCAUUGGGCGCGCCGCCCUAGCCGGAAGCGGCGCGAUAGGAGCGCAUCAGCGGGCUUUGCCGCGCGCGCGAUUCACCCAGAUUGUGGCCGGGUGUGCGGCGGCGCCUCUCGACCGUCUGGCAGCAUUGGGCCAGCAGGCCAGGUGCAACGGCAAUCAGAGAGUCGCACCGACGAGAUUGGCCGUUCUGAGAGCUGCGCGGGGCGGGCUGGCGGGAACGGAGAGCACGUGCCUCGCCGCCGGCCCCGGGGAUCGGCCAAGCCAGAUCGCGCUUGGCCAGAUUGGGCCGGCCGUCUGCACGCCGCAGCCGGCUGGCUUCCACCCCCGUCACCCGCUGCAAAGUGCUCCUGCAAGCCGCCUGGCCAUCGAGCGCACGCCUCGCCGCCUCGCGCUCAGCAGAGACGUCCCGCCCGCAUGCGGAGACGCUGCUGCCCCGCGCCGUACUGGUACCACGCCAGUGUAA